CCCCGCUUUGCGAGUCUGCAACUAAUAGCUGCGUGCCAGGGAGCAUGUCGCUGUCCUUUCUCUUCUGUAAACCAUGGCAUCCAGCCACGACCUGGAAUCAAAAAAAGAUUUGGGAGGCCGAGCAAGCGGAGCUCAAGAAAAAAAAGGACGAGGCAAUCGCCAACAAGGAGCUCAAGAGGGACAGCGACAGGCGCUUCUACGAGAAUUUGGCCGGGGGGAAGCCGCAGGACGCCUCCGCCGCCGCGUUGAACUUCAUGUACAACCCCCCCCCUGGGUACCAGCAGCCCGAGGAGGAGGAACUUAACGAUGACGACGAAGCGGUCAAGAAAUUCAAAGCUCUUGCCAAAAUGAAGGCGGACCCCAACUUUUCGGCGGCGACACAAAGCUCGGAGCUGGAAAAGCUGGUGGGCAGGCGGGUAAACCCGGGCGUGUCCCUCGCGGAACAGCAGGAACGGUUCCCGUUUCUCAAGGACGCGCCGGUGGAACACGCCUACGCGGCGGGGGUGAAGGUGAAUUUCAAGCCUUUCAACAACGUGAUCCGGCACGUUCGAUGCAUGCGCUGCGGCGAGUGGGGGCACCGAAGCGGCGACCGCGAGUGCAGCGUCGACGAGAACCCCCACGACGCGGAGCGCCAGAAGCGCGAAGACCCAAUGUCGUACAUGGCGGCCGCUUCUGGGGGCGGGCAAAUGGAGAGCUCUACGUAUGGCGGGGGCGGAGAUGAUGCAAGCGCGGACCCGGACUCGGAGUACGUGAAUAGUCUUUCGACGAAGAAGAAGCGGCGUCUGCUAAAGUUGCUGCAGAAGAUGGAGGAGGGGGGCGGGGAGGCGCGGAAGAGCGCCAAGAAGAAAGAUCGCAAAGGAAGGAAGAAGCGGAGCAGCAGCAAGCAGGGAUCAAGAGAAAGUGACGGCGGUGGUGCCGGGAGUGGCUCAAAGAGAGAGAACGAGAGGAGACAAAUUCGUAAGGGAACGAGUCGUGAGGGAGACGGGAAGGAACAGAUAUCUUCGAGAAGUGCCGUUAACGACCACAGGAAGGACAGGAAGCGAAAGAGAGAAGAGCGGGAUGAUGGGAGCAGCAGGAGAACGGAUAGCAAUGAUGUCAUCGGCCACAAGAGGGGUAAGGAAAUGGGGGAGGAUGGCGUAGCUGCGGAGGAAAGCGGCCAGGAUGCAGCAAGAAAGGUGGCGGGAUUGGAGGCACGGUCUUCGUCGAGGGAAGAAAGAGACGCCCAAGAAAAAAAGAGACGCCGAAAAAAAGAAAAAAAGAAGGGCCGGGUGGAGGAUCACGACAGAGGCUCGACUCGUAAGAGCAGUAGCGGUCGCAACCACCGUCAUGGCAAGGACAAGAAGUGAAUAGGGGGGGUUGCGACGGGUGGAGCUGUGUGUGUGUGUGCUGCGCAACAAGUCAUGAUGACCGUAACAAUGGGAGGUCCACCAACUUCAGGCAGCAGAAGCAGCAAGGCAGCAGCAAGGAUAUAUGGUGGCAUCGCUAAGAAUGGCAAAGGUAGCUGGAUGCCGGUGCACGAUUCCGUUGUUUGGUUAGAUAGUGUGGCACCGCAGGAGAACCUGGAGUUCAGCAAACGAUGUUUUUCCCGUCGGUUUACUUGUACCUGCUUCCGCGGCAAAGUCACUAGAUCGCUUUUCUGGAACAGCUUCUGGGAAACCUAACCAGUCCCGUUGGUUACAACUGCUGUGGGUGGCAUUACCCGAUGGCGCUA